AGCAGUACACAGACGGAGUGGAGGUGGAGUCUGUAGGUGGGGAGGGAGAAGAAAGGGGAAAGGAGGAGGAAAACGGGGAAAAGGCAACAGAUAGAAACAGAAAACGGCGGAUGAAUUUAACGCUUUAAAAAAGUUACGUUAACAACAAAUGUAAAGCGGCAAAGAGGAAUUACAACAAGAUGAUAACGCCCUACUUCCUAGAGCAUUUCUGGGGUGACAAAAACAAUGGCUUCGAUGUGCUCUACCACAACAUGAAGCAUGGCCAAAUAUCCUCCAAGGAGCUGACAGACUUCAUCAGAGAAAGGAGUACUAUUGAAGAGGCCUACGCCAGGUCGAUGACCAAACUGGCCAAGUCAGCUGGCAACUUUUCUCAGCUCGGGACUUUUGCUCCGGUGUGGGAUGUGUUCAAGACCUCGACAGAGAAGCUGGCCAGCUGUCACAUGGAGCUAGUGAGGAAACUACAGGAACUUAUAAAGGAGGUUCAGAAGUAUGUGGAAGAGCAGGCCAAAGCACACAAAAAGACAAAAGAAGAGGUGGCGUCCACCCUGGAGGCCGUGCAGAACAUCCAGACCACCUCUCAGGCUCUGCACAAGUCCAAGGAGAUCUACAACGCCAAAACCGUGGAGCAGGAGCGCCUCCGCAAAGAGGGGGCCACCCAGAGAGAUGUGGACAAGGCUGGAGUGAAAGCCAAAAAAGCCACAGAGACCUACAAGUCGUAUGUGGAGAAAUAUGCCGCCGCCAAGUCCGAGUUUGAACAGAAGAUGGCAGAAACUGCACAGAAAUUCCAAGACAUCGAAGAAAACCACAUCCUCCACAUGAAGGAGAUCAUUCAGUCGUACUCGCGGUCCGUCGACGAAACGCACAUUCAAAUAGGAGAGGUCCACCAUGAAUUUGUGAGGAACAUCGAGAACACCUCAGUGGAGAGCUUAAUACUCAAACUGGCAGAGAGCAAAGGAACGGGCAAGGAGAGACCAGGACCCAUUGAGUUUGAGGAGUGCAAUGCAGCUAUUGCCACUGAAGGUGCCAAACCCAGAAAGAGAAAACCAUUCGGCAUCCCAGGUCGGAGGAAAGACAAGGACACAGACUCCACGGAGUCUACAGAAGUCGAAGCUGCUAACACUGCCAACGGCGCUCCCCCUGGAUACUACGGCGCCAUAGACAUCCAGAAUGCUAAUGUUCCCCAAGUUGAUGCAGAGGGCUUCUGUAUCAGACCGGAAGCAAAUGAAAACGAUGCCAAAGAGAAUUCCUUCUAUUCGUCCAGCGACUCAGAGGACGAAGACGAACCCAGGAAGUUCAAAGUAGAAAUCAAGCCCGUACAGCCAAACAACGGCACGCAUCAGAACCGAGCCACCAUCGACGAGCUUAAAGCCUCCAUCGGAAACAUCAUCCUGUCGCCCUCCACCUCGGGACAGAUGCGGAGGAACCAGUCCAGGAUCAAAGGAGUAUCUACAUUAAGCUCUAAGGCUAUGAGUCCCGGUGACGAGCUGGCAAAACCCAGAGUGCCAACACCGUACGAACUGACCAACAACGACCUUCUGUCUCUGGACCCGUUCGGCCCGACUCUCGGUGCAGGCUCGUCUUCCUCUGUGUCCUCAUCAACAGACCUUGCCUCUAUCUUCCUUUCAAUCCCUCCAUCUCCACCUUUUCUGAUGAAUGACUCUGACGUCUUUCUGCCUGAUGAGGCGUCAGCUGAGGCGGUGGUGACCCAACGGGAGCGCUCCCCUCCCCUGGCAGAGAGCCAACAAUCCAAAGAUGUCUCCUCUUUCUCCUCGUCCACAUCCUCUCCCUGGGACUCACCGGAAAACCCUUUCCAAGCACUCAAGCCCGUACCAGCGAGGGCCCAGAGCGCCCCCAUCACCCUGCCGACCGAACCCAUUGACCCCAUCAAAAGCCCGGCUGCCGCCAGCCCUCCGAAGAGCGUCGACGCCUUCUCCUCCGUGUCCUGGUCCCAGAGCCAGUGGAUCGCCUUCAGUGAUAAUUUGGCUCCAGCUCGCCGCCAGGGCUCAGGGUUGUCCGUGAAGGAGCUCCAGAGGCCUCCGUCCGGCCACGGCAGGUCAAGUCGCUUCCUCUCUGAUGAGUCUGCUGACGCCUACUGCAAAGCGGUGAGCGGCAGAGAAGACGGCAACCCGUGUUUCUCUGACGUCUUCUCUGGGGUUACAGAUAGGGCGAUGGCUGCAGCUCCAUCAAGCAAAAUAUUCACUGUGCCAGUACCAAACCGACCGACGACCCCGCUGACAGCCGGAGCCCUGGUGCCCCCGCCUCGACCCUCCUCCAGGCCCAAACUCCCCACAGGAAAACUCACAGGGAUCAAUGAGAUUGUACGACCGUUCAGCCCGCCCAAGACAUCUAACGCCAGCCCUCCUCCCGCUGCACCGCUCGCACGAGCAGAGAGCUCCUCCUCCUUGUCCUCGAAUGCCUCACUCAGCGCCGCCAACACCCCCACUGUCGGAGCUGAGCACACCUUUGCUCUCCCCCUCUCCUCCCCAGAGCCAGAGCUGCUCUUCCUCUCUCCUUUCUUUCUGCUAAGCCAAAAGGAUGAUGUGUUCAUAGCGAAGCUGCCUACCUUUGAGAAGCGGUGUGAAACACCAGCAGGGACGUCUCGCGGUCCCAGCCCUGUGACCCUGGCAUCCCAAGAUGCUUUGCCCAUUGCCGUGGCCUUCACAGAAUCGGUUAAUGCGUACUUCAAAGGAGCUGAUCCUACUAAGUGCAUUGUGAAGAUCACAGGAGACAUGACCUUGUCGUUCCCCAUGGGCAUCAUCAAGGUGUUCACCAGCAACCCCUCCCCGACCGUGCUCACCUUCAAACUGAAGAACACCAGCAGGCUGGAGCAGAUCCUCCCCAACCAGCAGCUAAUAUACAGUGAUCCUUCCCAAAGUGACUCAAAUUCCAAGGACUUCUGGUUCAACAUGCAAGCGCUGACGUCCUACCUCCGAAAAGCUGCAGAUCAGAAUCCUACAUCUUCCUAUUAUAAUGUGGACAUCCUAAAAUACCAGGUGCAGUCUGAUGGGAUCCAUUCCACUCCUCUCAACCUGGCUGUAUACUGGAAGUGCACGCCGAGCACAUCAGACCUGCGGGUAGACUACCGCUACAACCCGGACUCCAUGGCCUCCCCCGGGCCGCUGUCCAACGUACAGAUCUUAGUGCCCGUUGACGGAGGAGUCACCAACAUGCAGUCUAUUCCCAACUCCAUCUGGAAUGCAGAGCAGAAUAAGUGUCUGUGGAAGCUGACUGACAUCUCAGAGAAGUCUGAAAAUGAAGGCGCCGGGUCCCUGAGGGCCAAGUUUGAGCUGUCAGACGGGCCAUCGAACCCGACCACUCUAGCCGUGCAGUUCAUGAGUGACGGGAGCACCCUGUCAGGGGUGGACAUGGAGCUGCAGGGGGCUGGAUACAGACUUUCUCUCAACAAGAAGAGAUUUGCCACAGGACGUUAUAUGGCAGAUUGCUGAGGUGACCCACCACUCUGGUUCUCAAGAAAUAAAAACACAAAAGUUGGCGACUUUGCGAGGCUUCCUGAACCUCUGGAUCCAUCUGAGCUUUUGCCCGGGAGGCGAGAAUCUCACUACAAUAAAACAGCACUGAGUAUUGAACACUGUUUAAAAAAAAGAAUAAAAGAAGAUGAGCUUUCAGGAAAUGUGUAGAUAUGAAGUCUAAUAAUGCUUUCUGAUCAAUUCACUUUUGUAUAGUCAGAAACAAUUUAUGGAUUAGAUAUAAAUCUAUAUUGUAUUUGAAAUCAUAAAAAAAAAAGUGCACUAACAAUCUUUCAGAUGCUCUUCUUCCUCUUAUAUUCAUCUUUCAAGAGCCUAUAAGGAAUAUAAAACAAAACAGCGUGGAAGAGAAGAAAAAGGUUUCUCCCUCUGAACUGUAAAUAUUAACACUGAUUAUUCUGCUCAACCAGCUCUGACUCAAAAUCAGUUUCCUUUUACUGAUCUUUCUCUUUUCUUGUCUUUUUCUCAUCAUGUGCAAUGAAGCAAUGAAGGUAGAAUCUGUCUUAAACAGUACUCACACACUUAUGGCACAAGCUCGAUCUCUUAAAAUAACGUUGAAGGGCUUUCAAACAAAUGCAAAAAAAGAAUCAGACCUCAGUGCCUCCUCUUCUACUGUGGAUCAAUAGGCAACAAGAGUGCGUCGAUGUUUUUACCCAAAUGUGGGUUU